UAGUUAAUAAACCAGCUGUUGUCCAAUAGUAGUGCGACAUGUAAAUACGAACGUUUCUCAAUUUCUCCGUUGCAUCAUAUGUAAGCGGCAGCCAAUGAGCAGCUUGCUAUUCAAAUAAGAAACUGACCGGCCUCCAAAGCGGUCGCGCUUCGAACGUUUUCGCUCUGCUAUACAAUUCAGCCAAUGAGUGGCUAUUAUGUGAAUCUCUUCUCUUUCUCUUUUUUACCUUUCAUCGUGCUCGCAAAAGCUACCGCCUUUCUAAUAAGCCAAUGGGCUUCGCGUUGCUGGGCAGCUUAUGCAAAGCAAACCUUCAACUUCCUCUUCCUACGUGAUUGUUCCGGGGAGGGUCUACGAAACAAGGCUCGAGCAAAGAGGCCGAGAAUACAGAAAGUGUUGUCGAUUUUGCUGGACUACAAUUCCAUAAUUCCUGACCAUUGGCCAUGCUGGCUGGGGCUGACGGGAACUGCAGUCCAGGAACAUCUGGGGACCCGAAGACGGCGACUUUGCUUGUCAGCCAUGAUUGUUCUGCCUCCAGGACUGACAGAGGAAGAGGAAGCUCUGCAGAAGAAAUUUGCCAAGCUCAAGAAAAAGAAAAAGGCCCUCAUGGCCUUGAAGAAGCAACAGAGUUCAACCAGCCAAGCUAGCCAGGGAGGAAUUAAACGCUCCAUCUCUGAUCAGCCGGUAGUGGACACGGCCACAGCUACAGAGCAAGCAAAGAUGCUGGUGAAAACGGGAGCCAUCAGCGCCAUUAAAGCUGAGAACAAGAACUCAGGGUUCAAGCGCUCUCGGACUCUGGAGGGAAAGCUGAAAGAUCCUGAAAAAGGACCAGCCCCAACUUUCCAGCCUUUUCAGCGCAGCAUCUCGGCAGAUGACGAUUCUCAAGAGUCGCGGCGUCCCCAGAGGAAGUCCCUCUAUGAAAGCUUUGUGAGCUCCAGCAAUCGCCUGCGGGAUCCAGAGAAGGAUCUGGAAGAGGGCAGGGAUCCAGACAAAGAGUGGGACCAGGAUGAAAACUUGCGCAGUUUCGAGUGGGACUAUGACCGGGAACACAGCCGGGACAGGAGCAGGGACAGGGACCGCGACAGGGACCGGGACCGGGACAGGGACCGUGACAGGGACCGUGAGAGAGAUGGCAGCUUUCGCCGGUCAGAUUCUUUUCCAGACCAGCGUGGCCCGCGCAAAGGGAAUACGGUAUACGUCUGUGGGACGGACAUGAACCAGACCCUGCUGCAUACCGCUUUCUCAGCCUUUGGAAACAUCAUUGAUCUCUCCAUGGACAAUCCCCACAACUGCGCUUUUGUAACCUACGAAAAGUUGGAGUCUGCGGAUCAGGCCGUUGCAAAGCUCAAUGAAACUGUUGUGGAGAAUGUACAGCUGAAGGUCAGCAUUGCCCGCAAACAGCCCAUGCUGGAUGUAGCCCUUGGCAAAUCUGUGUGGGGACUUUUGGCUGUGAAGAAUAGUAUCAAUGGCUCUCACCGUGACAAGCGAUCCCAGGUUGGCUACAAUGAAGAUCUCUUCUGAGGCCUGUGAGACAAUCCCCGUUUGAGCAGUGGGGCGUUGUUGAUUUUGCUCAGUUUAACUAAGGUGUCCAAAUAAAUGUUGUCUGUUUUUA